UUUUUCUUCACGGUGUGGGCGGGGAUAUUGUUUGUCAGCUUCGUUUCUUAGCAAUAGAGCAGAGUCCAGAUAUUCAGCGGUCAUCUGCAGUGAAACUUGGGCGCGGAGCAGCGUAAUCUUGCAGUAGAAGAUCGGAAAACGGUCAAUUUAAGGCAUGGCAGCCAUAAGGAAAAAGCUGGUGAUCGUGGGAGAUGGAGCAUGUGGAAAGACCUGUCUACUCAUAGUUUUCAGUAAAGAUCAGUUCCCUGAAGUCUAUGUGCCCACCGUGUUCGAGAACUACAUUGCUGACAUUGAGGUGGAUGGCAAACAGGUGGAGCUGGCACUGUGGGACACAGCAGGUCAGGAGGACUAUGACCGUUUGAGGCCACUUUCCUACCCAGACACAGACGUCAUCCUCAUGUGCUUUUCCAUCGACAGUCCUGACAGUUUAGAAAAUAUCCCAGAGAAGUGGACACCAGAGGUGAAACACUUUUGCCCCAAUGUUCCCAUUAUUUUGGUGGGGAAUAAGAAGGACCUGCGGAAUGACGAGCACACCCGGAGAGAGCUGGCUAAGAUGAAACAGGAGCCUGUUAAACCCGAGGAAGGUCGCGACAUGGCUAACCGUAUUAGCGCCUUCGGUUACCUGGAGUGCUCAGCCAAGACCAAGGAAGGUGUGAGAGAAGUGUUCGAAAUGGCCACAAGGGCAGCGCUGCAGGUCCGAAAGAGGAAAAAGAGGAGUGGUUGCUUAAUCUUGUGAGAGGUUUUUUUGAGUCCUGCAGAAGCAUCUGCUGAUGUCUAGAAAUAUAUGGCAUUCAACAGCCCAUGAAAGAACAUCUGAUUUGUAACCAAACAGCAUCUAUGUACUGUACUGUAUAUCGCAUAUGCAUCAAAAGGACCAAGACUGACAGUAAUUUAGGCCGGCACAAGAUAACGCCUCAGUUUUAUUUAGGUUUAUUUGCCUGUAAUGAUUGUGUUACACAGUGAGAUUUGCACCUGAGUAAGAUGAAACUAUGCUGUAUUUUUUUUUUUUUUCCACACUAAGUGUACAUGUUUAGACACUGCCCUGGUCAUAGCUGUUCUAUGCUUUUCAUUUGUUAAAAGUAAGUACUAAUUUACAGAGCAUUGCGCGUUAAUGUAAUGAUGCUUUGUGACAGGUUUGUUGUGGAUUUGAAUGUCAUUUACAGAGUUUCUUUGAGCUCCCAAACCCCCCCCCCAAUCCUGGUGGCGCUAACAUAUCUACACUGGAUACCGAAUUAUGUAUAACAUAGAUACUGAUACUGCUCUGAUCUUUGUUUUAGUAGCUGAGAGAUUGCAUUCUGUUGUACUUGGAUCAGUAUGCAAAAAUGCAGUGUGUAAUCAGUAAAACAAACAGGAGAACCCAAAGGCUGCCCUACAUAUUGAGUUAGAUUGAGUCUUGUCAUGUACACUUUAAACAUUCAUUGCAUCUGUAUAGCAUUCAAAAUUCUAUUCAUAAGAUAAAUGGUUGUUUGUUUGUUUUAAGAAUGCGCCUUACACAUGUCUACACACUUCCUAUUGACCUCUGUGCCUUCAGUUGUGUUCUGACUCAGCCAUUUUCGCCAUAGGUAAAGCACUGAAUGUAUUAUCGGUGUUAUAUUAUUAGAAGUGGUGUUAAAACAUGUAGUCCUGCAUGCCAGUCACUUGGUGUUGGUCUGAAAUUCCUGUUCGGUCAUCUGUAUUUUUGCUUGCAAGGAUGAUGUGCAGAUGUAGCUUUUACUAAGAUUGCAUAUCAGUAGUUUACCUUACAAUGCCUUUUAGGUAAUGAAUGAUUAAAGAUCAGUCAAACAUGCACAGCACUGUAUUAACGCUAAGGAUUGAAACUCACUGCUGUUCAUUUUUUUUUUCCUACACUCUUACUUCAGUAACCUCUAUGUACUGUAUAGUAAAAAUUAAAAAUACCAACUUAAUUAACUAAAAAUAGGAAACUUGUCUUGUUGAUAGUUUCUGCAUUUAGUUGGCUAAAGAAUGCAAGAUGUACAAACCAAGUUCAAAAAGAUAAUGUGUGGGAAUGUUCUGAAUUUAGGAAGAAAAAUGUGUCAAAUAGUAGUUAAAAAACAAUAUAGCACAUGAAAUAGAGAAGCACAAUAUCUACUGUGUUUUUCUUUGAUAAUUUGUUGUAACUCAUGAAAAUGAGACAGUUCCAGGUUACUAAAAUAUCUUAACUAUUACAUCUGAAAGUUUGAAAUAUUAAAUAAACUAGAAACCUUCUACUUGAAACAGAUUUAUAUUUUACGCACAUUAUAAUAUGACUUAAGAAAACAGUUCUAAUACAGUGAAUGGUCCAAUUAAGCAAAAACAACACAUGAAUCAAUUGUUCUUGAAGUAAAAAAUUUUAACUUUUCAGGCUCUUAAGCAAAAGUUUGAAAGAAACAUUAAACACAUUAUUUUAUCUAUAUAAAAGUGUUUUCUUGCAUUUACUGCCCAUUAGAAAUGUGUGAACAGAGUGGUCUUUGUUGAGCAUGGAAAAUUAAAAUACAUUUCUCCCA